AAAUGAUUCCCGCAAACUUAGAUGACGUAGAACUUAAUCAGAAACAUAUUUAAACUAAUAUUCCAGAAUAAUUAAAUCCUAGCUUUGAAGAGGAUUAGUCUCAAAAGCAAUAAUUGGAGAUCUAAAAUUUGGUGAAUCAAAACUCUCAAUAAAAAUAAUCAAUUGGAUUAGAUGAUAAAGUAGAAUAAUUUAAUCCUCAGACUGUUGAAAUGAUGUACUAAAAAGGUUAACUAUUCUUAUUAUUUUUAGCAAAUACUUUAACUUAGUUGAAUAAAAUUGAAGAUGCUAAAUAAUUAUACUAAGAUAUAAUUAAAAUAAAUCCAACACAUGAACUAUCAUACCAAAAAAUAGGUAUUUAUAUUUAUAAUAAUUUAGGUGAUAUCUUAAGAAAUUUAAAACUCUAUCAAGAAGCAAAGGAAUAUUAUCUUUAGUGCAUCUCAAUAAACUAAAAUAAUUCAGACGCCUAAUUUGGAAUUGGUAUCAUUUUAGUAUAUUUUAAGGUGAAUGCUUAAAGGAGACUUACAAAGUUAAUGAAGCUUUAUAAUAUUAUAUCAAGGCUGUUGAAAUAGACUAAUCUAAUUUAGAAUAUUAAUUUUCCUAUGGUAAAUAUUAUGGUUUAAAAUAAUUAGGGGAUUGCCUAAGAUAUUUACAAAAAUAUCAUGAAGCAAUAAUUGCUUAUGAUAAAUGUUUAAUGUUGGACUCUAAUCAUGCUGACGCUUAUGCAGGAAAAGGUUUGAAAAAUAAAAUAAUUAUAUAAGGAAUAUGUCUAUAAUUUAUAAAAAGUUUUGAGGAGGCGCUAAAAAACAUUAACUAAUCAUUAGAAUUAAAAAAUAAUUCUUAUUUAGGACUAUAUGGGCUUGGUAACCAUUUAAUUUAAUUAUUAGGGUUUCAUUUAUUUGAAAAGGGGGAAACUCAAAAGGCAUUUAAGCAUUUAUAUGAAGCUUUGGCUAUAAAACCCUAACAUCUUUAUAUAUUAGAUUUCAUAGGUAUAUUGAGAUCAAUUUUUUUAAAGGUGGAUGUCUACUCAAAAUGGAUCAAUAUGAAUAGGCGAUUGAAUAAUUUGACAAAGUUUUGGCGAUUGAUCCUUAAAAUGUUGAUAUUCUAAUUAAAAAAGGUAAAUUUAAUUUUUUUCAAAUAUUUUAAGGUCAAUGCCUAUCUUAAAUUAAGCAACAUGAAUAAGAGCUUGAAUGCUAUGACAAAGCCUUGACCAUAAAUCCGAACAAUAACAAAACUUUAAAACGCAAAGGUAAACUUAAAUCAAUUUUUCAAGGUGGAUGCCUAUUUGUUUUGGGUAAAUAUGAAGAGGCAAUUGAGUGCUAUCUCUAAGCUUUGGCCAUCAAACCUUAACAGAAAAAAGUUUACUAAAUAUUAGGUAAAUUCAAAGCAAUUAAAUAAAGGUAGUUGUCUAGAGGAAUUGGGUUAUUAUAAAGAGGCAAAUAAAAGCUUUGACAAGGCUUUAGAUAUAGAUCCUUUAAAUUUUGAAGUUUUGAUACUGAAAGGUACUAUUGAAAUUAUUUUAAAGGCAUAUGCUUAAUGAAGAGGGGAAAAUUUGAAAAAGCAAUUGAAUGCUUUGAUAAAAUAUUGGCCGUCAAUCCUAAUUAUGAAACAUCUUUGAUUAGCAAAGGUAUAUUUUAAAAAAGUAUUUCAAGGUGGUUGUCUAGGUUUGAUGGGUCGUUUUUAAUAGGCAAUAGAAUGCUAUGACAAAGCAAUUGCCAUUGAUCCUUCAAAUUUAAGUUAUUAUGGUUGCAAAAGUAAAAUUAAAUCAUUUAUAUUAAGGUGAUUGCCUAUUUGGAUGGGGUAAAUAUGAAGAGGCGAUUGAAUGUAUUGACAAAACUUUGGCCAUAGAUCCCUAAAAUAUUAAUUCCCUAACUUUAAAAGGUAUGGUUAAUUCAAUUAUAUAAAGCAAAAUCUCUAUUUCGCCUUCAUCAAUUUAAAUAGGCACAUGAAUACUUUGAGAAAAUUUUGGCCAUCAAUCCACUAGAUUUUAAUGCUUUAAAUGCCAAAUAGAUCUUAAGUACAUUUAUUUGA